UAAAUCAAUUGCAAAAUGGCCAACGCCGUUCCGUCGAAGAAAAUGAAGCGCUCGAAAUCUUUAGAUUCUUUGGUAGAAAAUGUUUAUAAAAAUAGUGAGUGGAAUGAGAAUUAUACUGGCGACGACAGUGGUGUGCAGUCUCAUGAUGGCUUUUUGAGUUUGGAGAGGAAAGUUGACAAAUUGAAUGAAAUCUGCGCGGAGCAGGCCCGACUGCUGGCCGACCUGACGGAGCAGGUCCGCGUCCGGAACGCUGGCGACGAACUGGGCGCUGUGCUGGCCGAGCUGCUGGACAAACUUGCCGAAGACGGGGAAAAGAAUGGACAGAGCGGUGCGAGGAGUCUACUGAGCGCCAUUGAAGCCCGACCUAGCCUGGAGCGCCGCGUCGGGACUGCGCUGACGGACUUACUGCAGAGCGAGGACUUGAAGCAGCGCAUAGUGUUGUCAACAACUGCGUCUAUUAACGAGCUUAUAAGGAAUUUAUUCAGCAUUGAAGUGUCGACGCUGUACGUGCCGAUCAUGGAGCGCGCGCAUCAGCAGCUGCUCAAGCAUGUCACCAUGAUGGUCGCCGUUGCGUUUGCUGACCUGGAAGAGAAUACCGCAUGCAACGCCGAAGCAUUGCGGCAGACAUCACAGUCCUUACAAACAGCACUGCAGAGACACGAGAGCUUGUUGAAGCAAGCUUGCGACGGCAGCAGUCGGCUUGUUGAUGCUGUGACUAGUACUACCGAGAAGGUCAUCGAGCGAGAGCUAAAACAGUGGCGCCAUGAGGUCUCCAAUGCCGCACCGCAAAUGUCGGAGUGUGACUCAGGCCGAGCUGAAUCCCCAGACCCGCUCCCUGAUGCUAGCUCUGAACUACCUGAACUUAACGAACAUGCUGGCCUGUCUCCUGUCGAUCGCAUGAUGUAUACAGCGGAAGUAUCAAUGCUGAUCCGCUCUGGCGACGUGAAUGGCGCGUUCUCCCGCGCGCUGCUGGCGGCGGACCUGGCGGUGGUGGUGUCGGCGUGCCGCGCGGUGCCGGUGGCGGCGCGGCCGGCGCUGGCGCAGCCGGUGCUGCUGAGCCUGCUGCAGCAGCUGGCUACUGACUUGUUGCUGGAUACGCCGCUCAAGUGCAGUUAUUUGGAGUACGCCUUGAUAAACCUGAACCCCGCGGAUCCCGCGACGCGGGUGCACUUGCCCCUCGUAGUGGGUGAGCUUCGUCGCUACCUUACCGCCUUCCUCCAUAAGUACCCCCACCAUCUACAGGCGCACAGAAUAGCCGGCAUUAUUGAUACUGCACAAAAACUUCUCUGAUCCGAAAUGUUGCCUGUUGAAAUUAUGUUUUAUUUUUAUUUUUUGUAUUUUAUUGAUAAUUAGUAUUAAGGCUUGGUAGUUGUAAUAUGCAUUUUUUUUUUCUUUUAAUUUUAAUAAAUAUUAAAGUUAUGAAAGAGAA